AAUGAAAUAAAUAAAAUGCUAGGGGAUUGGGAAUGUGAAUCUAAUCCAUUUUCUCGGCAUUCCUCUGGGUCGCUCAAAUUUUCCGGAAGGUAUGGAUGCAUGUUUGUACCCUCGCUUUCUUUUGCCAUCUGUCUCCUCCUCCGGCAAACCCAGGCUGGGGAAACCCUUCUCGUCCCUGAAAGCUUGUUCAAUUUGGCAGAGAUUGCAGAUGGCCCUUCACUGUUUGCCGCUCGAAAGGAUUUUUCUCAGUUAACUGUCUUCAGCAUAAGAGCUGGUGGAAACCAAAAAGGCCGGCCUUCUCAAAAGAAUGCAGCCCCUGGAAGAACAACAAAGAAGGAUACAACUCAAUCAUCAGAUGGUAAAUCACCCAACUCAGCAAACCAAGAAGAGAUAAUUGCUCUUUUUCGACGCAUUCAAUCUUCAAUAUCCAAAGGAGAUUCAACUAUUAAUAAGAGGAGAAGUUCCAAUUCGUCUCAGGAUAAGCCCUCAGCGGAAUCAGUUCUGGAAGUUCUUCGCCAAUCCAGAAAGCAAGUAAAAGGGGAAGAAACUUCGAGAGGGAAUAGAACAUUGACCCGGAAGAGAGGUGGCCUUCUACAAAAAGAGAAGAAAGUGCAGGAGUAUCCUUCAGAAGCAGAGUUUAAGCUUACUCGGCCGCCAUCAAACUUUGUGAAGAGGUCCCCGAUUCCAUUUCCAUCCAACCCAAGGAAAAAGGCUGCCGAGCAAACGAUUGAAACGAGUGCUGGCGAGACAGAGUUCAAAAUAUUUGAGAAGAUGAAGCUUACGGAACUUAAAGAAGUGGCCAAGACUAGAGGAAUUAGAGGUUACUCGAAACUGAAGAAGAGAGAGCUUGUGGAGUUGCUAGGGUCCUAUACAUAAUGGUUGGCAAACAACAUGCGGCAACUUCGUUGAUGUUCAUUUUCCCAGAUGAGUUGGCUUGUUUUGAUUACUCGACUUUUCAGUUCCAUUUUCAGAUGGUUCAGUAGAAACAGAAUGCAAUCACAUAUUUGGACGUCCUAUCAAGUCUGAAUUUUGGUUAAAACUGCGUGUGUUUCAGAUAAAAGAAACAAAUAAUUCGUGGAAA